CGCCUUUAACGUAGGGGGGCGGAGCCUGAGGAGGCCUGAGACACAGAGAGGGUGUUAAAGAGGCAGCGAGAGAGAACAUCCUGGGGUGCUUCCCCACUCUUUCUGCUUUACCAUGGACACCGCUGGCCCUCUCAUCCAUGUGGACUUUCCAGACGUGGCCAGUUCUCUCCUUGAGAGUCUCAACCAGCAGCGCGUUGAAGGAAAGCUCUGUGACGUGUCCAUCCACGCUCAAGGCCGGGUUUUCCGAGCCCAUCGUGCGGUGCUGGCUGCCUCCUCCCCAUAUUUCCAUGACCAGGUGCUACUGAAAGGAAUGAGCUGCGUGGCCUUGCCUGGCGUGGUAGAUCCAGGGGCAUUUGAGGCCGUGCUGUGUGCCGCCUACACUGGGCGCCUGACCAUGCUUGCUGACGAGAUUGUCAAUUACCUGACGGUGGGCAGCGUGCUCCAGAUGUGGCACGUCGUGGACAAGUGCUCUGAGCUUCUGAAGGAGUCUCGAGGUAGCAGCAGCAGCUCCGUCAGCGGAGAGGGAGCAGGGAGCAGCAGUGGCCCCACCCCGCAGAGACCUCACUCCGGGAGAGCCAGCGAGAACCAGUCACCAAGCAGUAGCAACUACUUCAGUCCACGCGAGGCUCCACCAGAAUCCUGUGCUGAGAGGAGCAGGAGGAGGAGUGACGUCGCUAGCGAGGCCGCAGAAGAGGUCAGUGGGGAAGAAGAUCAAAGUGGAGGUGAGGUCUCUGUUGCCAGCUUCUCCAGCUACAGGCGGCCCAGCAUCGUGCCACAGAGACACUGGGUGUACGUGAAAAAGGAGCGACCUCACCAGGGUCACCAGGGUCUGUUGCUAACAUGUGAAGGUGAGGAGGAAGAGGACGAUGAAGAGCUUGAGGAAGACGAAGAGAAAGAUCAGUUGAGUAUUAGUGACGUCCGCACUCUCAAUGCCCCGGAGGAACAGGUGAAUUUCUGUGAGCCUUCGGACGGCAUGCCUUACGAGGAAGGAUCAGGCAGUAGCUCAGGUUACCCGCAGGGUCCCCCUCUCUUGCCUCUGGACAUGCAAGGAAAUCAGCUGCUGGUGUUGCCCUCGGGACAUGGAGCAGCUGGUCAGGGCGGGUCAGGGACGAGCCAGGGGGAAGGUGGCAAAAUAUUCCUGUGCCACUGCGGGAAAGCGUUCUCGCACAAGAGCAUGCGUGAUCGUCACGUCAAUAUGCAUCUCAACUUACGACCCUUCGACUGCCCUGUGUGCGGGAAAAAGUUCAAGAUGAAGCACCACCUGACGGAGCACAUGAAGACGCAUACUGGAGUGAAACCGUACGAAUGUGAAGUAUGCGCCAAGAAGUUUAUGUGGAGAGACAGCUUCAUGAGGCACCGCGGCCAUUGCGAGAGGCGGCACAGGGCGGUAGCGGGAGGAGGAGCUGGGCAGGGGAUUAGUGAGGCACCGUCUGUGUAACACAGGCUUGGGGCAGAGAGUGGAGGCAGUGGGGUGGGUAACCUGAGUAUGAGAUAGAGGAGGGGUGCGGGACCCUUACUUCCUGCUGCAUGAACUUAUGGAACCCUAGCAGAUACAGGAACAGAGGUGGUGGGUAAGAAACAGGAGGUGGCUCCAGGUAUCUGUGACCUCAUUAGACUCUCAGAAUGUUGCACUUGGGGAUGAAAAACAGAGACCAAAGGGAGGAGAUGUUUCCUUACUCAUCUCUUUUACUUCUGUGCAAUGAUUGCCUCCUUCCAUCACUAAACAGCAAUAUAAUAUCCCCCUCUUGAUACAUGUUGAAGAUCCAUUUUCUUUUGGCCUCUUAGACCUUCCUUCCCACCAAGACACAAACCACCCCUCUCUGUUAUAACUUUAACUCUUGAAUUUUUUGCACCACUGCAUAGAUGACGGAAUGCCCCCCCUUGCGCCUCACGUACUGUAAUGCCCCACACUUUCACCGAACGUGUAUUUAUAUGAUGUUGGCCAGAAGCGAUCCAGUCCCUGUAUUAUGAUGGGAAUGAGGUACUUUGCCACACGUUGGGACAGAAACAUUACUAUUGUACAGUAUUUUCAGUUUGUAAACAAGAUGUGCACACUACAACUCUCCUAAACCCCCGAACCCACUGAUUCCACACCCUUCAUGUGCGUUGUCCUUUUAUUUGCAGGCAUGGACAUGUGUUACUAAAAACUGUCGAGUGGGAAGAAGGAAAGGUUGGUAGAUGACUUCAAUGAAUGUUCUUUGUUAGUCACUUUUAAAUGGGUGUUUUUCAUUUCGUUUACAGUAUAUCCCUUAGUUGGUUGCUUCAGAUUUGUUGCGAGACAUACGUAAUGAAAAGUCACACAGUCGCAACCGUGUAGAGCAUAAAACAAGUACAGAAAUAACAGAUCAAACACAAGAAACAAACACACCCGGAGGAAUUACACAACUAUCUAGAACUGAUGCAUCAUUAUUAAAUAUAUUGUGCAGGAACAUCGGUUGGUUAUACAUGAGAAAUCUGUGGACGAUUUUUUUUUUUUUCAUAUGCCCCUCGUAUAGGACGCAUCUAGAGAGAAGGGAAUGGUCAUCAAAGUGCGAUAGUUCAAUAAAUGUCCAGUUUUGGAGGUUGCAUCGCUGUAAGUUGGCCACGGAUGUGUUGAUUGAUGUUUCUAAGAUCUAGAAGUGCACCCUCUCAGUGCUCCUUUGAAUAGUAGGCUUCUACAAGCUAAUAAUUAUGCCGGACAUGGAAAUCCCGCAUCAUGACCUGUUAGAGCGACGGUACUGUAACGGGAGGUUUAACCUACAGUGGAAGCAGCCAUUUUAUAUUUAUAUAGGACCCGGUCAGGAUCCCACCUGUCGAAAUACCAACGCCGGAAUCCCGACACUGCCCCACAACCCAUUUAUAUAUAGAUUAACAAAUUCCAAUAUUACAGAGAAUGCAGCCUGUUGAUUCUUGGAUUAAAAGUGGCUUCUUUGAGGCGCUUGGUACAUUCCCAAAAUGGCUGCCCCCAGUGUGUGUUUAUGUGAUGGAGUACUCUUUAAAAGUGAAGUACACUAAAAGUUCCACAGUACCUUUUUUUUUUAUAACUGUUGUUAAAUUACCAGGUGAUAUUUAUUCAUAAAAUAAGCAUACAUUGUUUAAAUGUAUCCAAAUUUGACUUUGUUGUUGUUGGGAUACCUACCUGCUUUUUCAGAUAACAUUUUAAUAAGUACUAAUUAACAAAACGUAUUGAUGAGUCUGGGAAAAGACAUAUGAGGAGAAAGGGGUGUGCCUUCACUGGUUCUCUAUACAGUAACGCUUCAUGGUGGGUCUGCGAUGGCACCCGCAUAUACUGAUGUGUACUGUGCGCCUAUAGUAUGUAUACACUACAGAUGGACUAGAAGUGCACGGUUUGUACAGAUGUGAGCGGUACAAGGUGUAAAAGUAGCACAAACACUAUGGUAUAACAUGCAGCUAAUGGAGGAAAGCACCCAGCGCAGUAUAUGGGUUACUGAGUGUAUAAAACAACUUUCACUAAGAGUAUUUCUUCCCACCACCUGGUAUGACGAGAAUUCCAGUUUUCCUAUUUAGUAAAGUAAAUCUAGCCGUAAGUAUUGAAUUUGUCUGAGCGCGGCCGGACGGUGAGCUGGCGUUAUGGUCAGGUUAAUACAGUAUUUUAUUAUUUGGAUAAUGUCUGCAUAUACAGUAUGUAAUGCCGAUGCCAGGAGACCUAUAACACAUACCGUACGUGGCUGGUCUUGUCAUUUCUCAUCCGCGGCUGUCUGGUUUUCCAGGGUUUAUAGGUGACAUAAAAGCAAAUUCAUCUCUACUUUUAGCAGAAUGGAAAAUCUCUGAAUUGUUGAAGGAAAAGGAAUAGGCCAGGGGAUGAGAAUAGGGUCGCCGCACAGGGCUCUGGGCCAGUCACACUGCAUUGCAGUGGGGUCAUGGUGUUGCCGCUCGUUACUGUAAUCUCACAGGGGAACGUGUCACAUUUUUCCUUCCUUCUAAAUUCUGAGGAAUAUCUAAAAUUACAGAUGCAGCCAUAGGUCGUAUAAUUGCUUGAGAGACGUCACUUAAUACUAUGUAACAUAGGGGCGGCUCGAAGGUAUUAUGGGUGCUGCUUCCAUCAGUCGCAGGACAUGAGGCACCCGUAUUACAUUUACCUAAUAUUGAUAGUUUAAUGAUAAGUAUAUCACGUCUCGAUACAUACCCUAGUAUUACGGGGUCCAUACAUCUGCAAUCACAACAAGACGAUUCACAGAUUCUGCAUUACUAUACACUAGCAAUCUACAGCUCUGAUUGGUCCGUGAAGUCCAGCGCUGGACAUCCUUAUUCGCCGAUUCUGAUCCCUGUUUGUCAGAAUCGGUAGUUGGUGAACCCCAAUUCAUUAGCACAGUCAUCUGCAAAAUGCUGAAUUGCCCCAAUUGAUAUUACAAUGUUUAAUGACGGAAGCCUAUUAUCUGUAUAGUCUUUAAUCUCGGAUUGUUAGCGCAUUCUAUGAUAAUAGAUCUUAGCAACCAAUCAGAAUCCAGCUAUCAUUUUAUAGAAUGUACUAGGUAAAUGGUAGCUAGAAUCUGAUUGGGUGCUGUGGACAACUCCUCCACUUUGACCUCUUGACAAAGCUUUGAUGAAUCUCACCGUUUUGGUUCUACAAGUUUCACCAUGACUAUGAACCUCUGCUGGGGAUUUCGGUUCUACAACAGUUGGCGCCCCAAAAAUUGCUUAACACCGAUAUACAGUGCGGACAGGCGUUGCGAUUGGUGUUUCGGGACAUUGCAUUAGAAUAUUAACAAUGCCAGAAUAACCGAUGAUGUUGUAAUUUUUGGAAAAACAUUCAAGAAGUUCCGAGUGAAGUAGCUUCCGGCUAUACCAAAGUAGACUCCAAUCAUCCGAAAUUAAAACCCAGAGAACGGCCCCACAUUUUAUUCUGACAUUAUUCCUAACAUAUAUACCAAUCUGUUUGUAUAUGUCUACACUUUCCGCACAAUGGUACCGUAUACUUGCAUAAUAUAAUUACAGCUGUAUAUGAUUAUAGUAUACUUCGUUGUAGCAGUAGGCGUGAGUAGUUGUGUGUAACUAUGUAUAUAGUUUUUUUUUUUACACACAUGUAUUUAUAUAAUAUUGUGCCUCCUAGAGACACUAAACUAUUUAUAAGUGUAAGUAGACUGAAAUAUGGUACGGUAAUAAGCAUACGCCGAUUGAAUGAACCGCCGUAUCUGUAUGUGUUGGUAUACACACAGGUGCGUGCAUAUAAAUCCACAUUUUAUUCACUUUGUGUGUGUACAGGAGUCUGCGUGUAGAUGACUUGUGUAUAUAUACAGUACUAACACUAUUGUGUAUACAGCAUUGUACGAGUGUGUGUACAUAUUCUGUAUGUACGUGCGCACUCUUCCCAUCUUUUAUAAUGGUAUAAUUUAUUGUAGUGAGGGCCGUGAGCCUCGUUAAGGUGACUAAUUACUGUUGGCUUGUAGAAUAAAGUGCAUUUACCUGAA